CGAUGUGUUGGUGAACGAUGUGAGAGAGCAGUGAGUUUGUGUCUUGUAAUGCAGUGAAUAAAAUCUGUGUGAAGAGAACUGCAGCAUUCAGUUGACUCGAAACACUCGUGUGGGGAGGGUGCCCCAAUAGUGACAGUUCUCAGUAAACGAUUCGAACAAGUCGAACCUCACGCCGGCAUCGUAGUGUCAACAGUCGGCCGUUCGAAUUCAGUCGAACGAGGGAUCAAAACUCGCACAACGACUACCUCCAAAUCAGUGAAACGAACGUAGCAUUAGAACCGAGUGAUUCACGCGGCCGGAAGCGAAUCGAGCCGCCAUGAUCACGAACGCCGACUCAGAAACUCUCCAGAGUUUUCUGAACUCCAUGCAAACGUAUAACAUGGAUGACUUGAAAUCACUCGGAAUCAAUUUCGACCAUGGUCUGACGGCUACCGCGGAUCCGAACAUGCUCCUCUCGAAGCGCAGCUCGCUCAGCGAAGAGCCAGAACUCACUCCGAUGCAGCCGUCAACUCCACAAGACCAGAGAGUUCCGAACAAUCCUCCGGGUCCCUCGACCUCACCAGCCUCUCAAGUGGUCGUGGCGAAGAGGUCUCAAGCCCCAAGCUCCCAAGCGCCUCCUAAUGGCAAGAAGACCAAGGGCCGAGUUAAAAUAAAAAUGGAAUUCAUCCCCAACAAACUCCGUCGAUACACAACGUUCUCGAAGAGGAAGACUGGAAUAAUGAAAAAGGCGUACGAACUCUCAACACUGACGGGGACCCAAGUGAUGCUUCUCGUUGCUUCUGAGACUGGUCAUGUCUACACAUUCGCCACUCGAAAACUUCAACCGAUGAUCACCUCCGAGUCGGGGAAACAGCUUAUACAGACGUGCUUGAAUUCGCCCGACGAAAACUCAGUUAAUCCCGCGGACCAGCGCAUGGCUGCUACAGGGUACGAGGAGACCGACCUCUCCUACAAUAUCCUCAACCAGGAGAGCUCUAGCGAAGACAUCAAGGUGGAGACCUCAGGCUCUGAAGAUGAGGAAGAGUCGGAGGAUUCGGAUUCGCCGCCGCGGGAAAAUACUCAAGCGGGAACUUCAUCGAGCGCGACUCAGGAAGCGACGGCCUCGAAAACGCCAAACGUCGUCUUCCUGCCAAGUGUCCUUACUUCAACGGAAGAACCUGUGAGACAGGCUGUCAUGCUGCCGAAUGGCACGAUUAUAAUAGCAGGAGAUCCGACGAAUCAAAGAUCCACUUCGACGAAGACUUCGACUCCAGAUCAACGCUUGAGAGAGAAUCAGAAGUCAUGAGCUUCGGAAGUGCAGCCAUAGCCCCGAAACAUUCAACUCCUUGGUGAUCUCCGUACGACGAAGCUUUCUUGGAGUAUGCAUCUAGGGCGUUAUAAGGACUCAUCGUUGAUCCGAAUUCGAGUACGGGGAUCGUCCGAGGGAGUCGGAGGUCUCUCGAUGCUGUCCGCGACAACUAGAUCAGCGCUGCUGAAGAAAAAGCGAAGACGUUCCUGACUGGACUUAGGGAACAAAUUGUGAUCGACAUGAGCAGAAGCACAACCACCCUGGCCGAAGAGGAGUACAAGAGCCUUGUCUGUAUCGUGGCGCAAUAUAGAGUACAGGGCGCGCAUCGAAAUAAGCAUGAUUUGAUGAGCUCGAAACGAAUACCUACGUUUCAGCGAUGUCAGAUGUCAGGAGUGUGUCGAAGAGCAGCUCGCGUUCGGAGCCGAAUAAAUCAUAAUUGAUAUU